AUGGAGGCACAGGUCUUUCUUCCGCUUCUCUUCCAGACCUACGCCAGAUUCACAGGCGCGCCGCUCAAAGUUCACAAGGUCACUAACCCGUGGCGAAGUCCCUCAGGGUGUUUACCUGCUCUGAAGACGAAGGAGGAAGGUGUCCUCUCCCAGAUGCACCAGAUCAUCACUCACCUCAGGAAACAGAAAUACAAUGCUGACUACGACCUCUCUGCGAGACAAGGGGCAGAUACACUGGCCUUUGUGUCUCUGCUAGAGGAGAAGCUGCUGCCCGUGUUGAUUCACACGUUUUGGGUAGACGCAAAGAACUAUGUGGAGCACACGCGGAAAUGGUAUGCGGAAGCCAUCCCCUUCCCGCUCAACUUCUUCCUGCCCAAUCGCAUGCACAAGCAGCGUCUGGAGCGGCUGCAGCUGGUCUGGGGGGAGAGCUGCUUGGAGGACGAGGAGGAGCUGGAGAAGGAAAUGUACCGCGAAGCCCGGGAGUGCCUGACGCUCCUGUCUCAGCGCCUCGGGGACCAGAAGUUCUUCUUUGGAGACUCCCCUGCUUCCCUGGACGCGUUCGUCUUCAGUCAUCUGGCGCCUCUCCUGAAAGCCAAGCUGCCCAACGGGAAACUGCAGCAGCACCUGAAGUCCCUGCAGAACCUGUGUGACUUUUGCUCCUCCAUCCUCAGCCUCUACUUCCCCUGGGAUGGAGGGGACGCCCCGUCCAGCGCCCCCAAGACGUCUGCCUCCGAAGGGACUGAGUCUGAGGAGGAUCCCUACAAACGGCGCAACCAGAUCUUGUCGGUGCUGGUGGGACUGGCGGCGAUGAUUGGCUAUGCCUUCCUCAGCGGGAUCGUCUCCAUCCAGCGGGGCCCUUCUGGGGCUGCUGGCCCCCGGUCAAUAGCCAUGGAGGAGGAGGAAGAGGAGGAGGAGUGAGGCGCUGGUCUCAGGGCUUUGGUUCUCACUCGUCUCAGUAUCACUUGAACUGACUCUUUUUUUACAGUGCUGGGUACUGCCUAGUCUGAUUCCUGCAAACUGCCUCUGUGUCCCGGCAGGACCCAGUGGCCCUGUACAGUCCAGAUCUCGGCGCUGCUACAAACACCAGUCCAGAUUUCUAGACUGUGUCGCAAGCAGUCUGCCCCCCACUAAUAAACCUGGAGCACCCCCUGA